GAGUGGCAGCCGCGGCGUGGAGAGAGCGAACCAAAUCCGAUUCAUGAUGUGUCUGUGUGUUAGUUGUCUUGUAAAAAAGCGAAACGAGGGUCCAUUCAGUGAUAAAGCUUCAUCAGGAAUUUACUUGUUGGAAAUAACCUAUCAUGCGUGUUUCAUCAGAAUCAGUUUAGUGUAUUCUAGCUCCCGUUGUUCUCUACCACAUCUAGAAAUAUUUUUCCCCCGAGCCUCUAAUAGAGGCCCUCUAUGUAUUGGUUUGUUUUUUUGUUGUUUUUCAUGAUAUAUUUCAUUUCAAAUUUGAUUUCGUACGAGUUGUAGUUGUACACUCAGGGUGGCACUCGUAUGCAAGCUGCCGCAUAGAUUCGAAUCAUUAGAAGUGCUUGAGUAGGAGCACACUGCAAACACUAGAGUGAAAAUGCAUGGAAUUCCUUCUUCUAGUGUAUGGACUUGACAUUGUCGAAGAGCUUCUUGAGUAGGAGCACAUCCUCACGUUCAAUCAGUACAAGAUGCGUGCUUUUUUUGGUGGCGGUGAGGAUGGGAACCAAAAACGACCGCCCUCCAUGGGAGAAAACGACUCCGCUGGAGUAGACCUAGAUGGUGACCUCCCCGCUGAGUAUGAUGCUGCUAAUUCACCUGUAAAUGCAGGAAGAAAACAGGUUUUGCUACUGGAUCAAUCGGGUUCGGUGAAAGAAGUUGGCGAUGAUGAACGAGCGAGCAGCAGCAGCAAUAGUGUCAAUUAUGGCUACCGCUGCACCAUCAUGAACGUCAUCCUUGGUUCGUUUUUCAAGGGGAAAAUUCAAGGGACCAGGGAGACUCUCACGGAUGCGAGCGCGGUACGACCUCUAACUCAACAAGGAAGCGAAUGAUCCUUCAUCAGAUGACUUGUGUGUCGAAAGCGUCAGUGUGAGCUCAGUAGUUUCAGGGGAACGGUUGCCGUCAUACAAGAUCGCAUCGAACUCGACGAGAAAGCAUAAAAAUUCGAUUGUUUUUAUGGCCGUGUUGUAGCUCUAGCUUAUAAGCUUCCCCAUAAUUAACAACUAGGACAUUUUUAGCCUCUAAUCCACCUUCCGCUUCCGCUUCCACCGCAGCAUCAUCACCGAGUCCUCCGAUGGUCCGCAACCUGUUAGAUGACGGCGAAUUUCAACCGAUGGGCGCUGUGUCUCCUUCUAAAAGCAAGGCGAAUGCGAGGAGAGAUGGUUCAACGACCUCCACAGCAUCUGCCUCUACGUCCAAAGCUGCUCCUCGAAGUCGCACUGCUAGUGGAAUAGAAAGUGAAUUGUUGGUAGACGGAUCGUCGAUCCAAGCGGCCGCGUUGUUACGGUUUGUUCCUCUUGUGAAGCUCAAAGUCGAUCGAGUCUUAGAUGCAUUGCCGUAGAAGUUCUACUUCUGUAAACUAUAGCUCUACUUCUACUACUUGUUCUACUUCUACGUGUAGAACUGUUCUAGUACUUCUAAACUAUAGCUCUACUUUGCGAGAGAGUGCCCUUUAACUACAAGGUUAGACCAAAAAAUAAGCUCAAUCCAAAAAUACAGGUAAGUAUCUCUAACUCCCAUAGAAGCAACCGGCAACACAACAACUCGGAGCUCCUCGACCUCGACUGCUUCGUCAUGCCUGAUAGAGCAGGAUGAUAUCGGUGAGGAAGGCAUUCCGGAUGAGGGAACCAACAGUCACAUUCCACAGUCGGAGCAUCAUGUGACAAGUCUGGCGUUCGAUGACGAAAUGGCUAAUUUUGUUAUGCUUAUUCAAUAAUUAUUAGGUAUUACUCUUGUUUAUUAUGCUGGAACGAUCAUCUUCAUGAUCAUGCUCAUGAUUUUUGAAUCAAGCCAUGCAGAUGAAGACGAGAAGUGCAGAUGAAGAAUGAUGAACUCCUAUUAGUGUCUAUUUAGUGCAUGUUGAGCGACUCUCUGAUGUUUAUUCCUGGAAGAGAUACAGCACCUCUUUAGACUAUUACACUAUGGGGGCUUCUUCUUUCAGCUCUUCUAAUCUCCACGGCGAGUACGACGAGGAGGACCAGUACGAAGGGGACUUCUCCGAGUGGCGGUUUGAGUUAGCGAACAGCGGACUGAGUCAAGAGCAGCCUGAGUUGUUGGGGAAGAUGAUGGAUUUUUUAGAGCGAGUCCAAAGCGAGAACCGUGAUCUCAGAAAAGACCGACAGCAGCAAAUGACGCGCGUCAACAACCUACUGAGCUCUGCCAGUGACACUCUGUGUAAACAGGUGAACGAUUUCUUGGCGGAGAAAGAGAUCGAGCUGGAACAGAAGGUCAAGCAGAACCUCCUAGAGGAAGCCUCAGAAAGAAUAGUGUCUCCGAACAAGAACAAUUUUUUAUUAACACCAUCCAAAAGCACUGGCGCAAAAACAAGUGUUCUUGCAGGUUUUGGAGGCUCUUCUGCCUCAACUUCAUCAAUAGCUGCACCUUUGCUAAGUGCACCUGCACCAGAAGCUUCUACUUCUGUUGGCACUAGCAGUAGUACAGAACAGUCCACCGCUGAAACUUCAAAAGACAUCAAAGGUUCACCUCCACCUCCUAGAACCGGCUUGACAGGUCGUGCCAUCUCCGCCUGUGCCUUCCUUCGUUGGCUCGUCAAAGCGAUAUUCUAUCUCGUCGCUCUCGAGUGCGUCGCCUUCACGUGGAGCUUCUUCACUUUUCAGCUAGCUUUUUUCAAAAAUACUUCAGACAUCCGCAGAAUAGUAACCGACUCGUGUCGAAGUCUUGUGGGGAAAGACGAACUAUUACAAUCUUCGCAUGGGGCAAUGAGCUUCAUGGAAUUUUUGACGACGCCAAGUCAUUAUGAGAAAGGUUUCAACGCAAGUGGAAAUAAAGCACCAGUAUCUUGAAAUAAUAGCUACAACGUACAACAGCAUCUGAAUGUUACCCCCAAAAGACUGGCUUUCCCUUUCUAGUAGAACUACUUAUCAAAGCUCUACCUCUAACAAUCCUUAACUUCCGCCCCCGUCGUCGCUUACGACAGUACCGGAAGCCUAGUCGAACCAAUGGCCAUCGACGAAGAGGCUUUCCGAAAGGAACAAGCAAGGCGUGCACAGCAAGAGGCUGCUUUCGAGAGCAUAGAAGAUGGGAAGACUUCUAGUUCACCAGAGGUGCAGCAAACACUUCAAACGCUGACUGAUAACGCCAAGCAGUGCGAAGGAGCGAUCGCAAAGUGUGCCGAUGAAUUGUUGAGCUACAAGAGCGAAUACCAGAGGAUGCUGAACGAAUACAACAGGGCAGUCGGAGAAUACAAAAAAAGUGAACAUUAUGGAUUUCUUGCUGGUAGAUAGAUAUGGAGCAAUUACAUUUAGUACAAGUACAUCAAGAACAAGAAUAAAGAUACUUGAACUUGAAGAUGGACAAGAUCUAGCUGAAGAUGGUUGCUGAAAUUUAGAGCAUUUUAGUGUGCACCUCUAAGUCAAAAGCCUGGCUAUGCUACGGAUGUUCGUGACACGGAGGGGGCCAGUAUUGGAAGACCCUCAGAACUGCUGGGCCCAGACCUUCACGCCAGAGAUCUGCUGUUCGCCGUGGUACCGCUAUCUAAUCGUUCUAGUGAACCAUUGGAACUACUAACUCAAUCGCCGUACUUCUAUCUAAUCGUUCUAGUGAACCAUUGGAACUACUAACUCAAUCGCCGUACUUCUAUCUAAUCGUUCUAGUGAACCAUUGGAAUCUCUUCUGAGUUUUACGGAUUUCCCUGAUGUUAAAACUUAAACUGUUGUGUUGAAAAUGUUGACGAUGUGGAUGCGGCGCUUCUACUUGCUCGCUAUUUGCUUCCAUUGCUACUACUUCGCCAGUUGUGUCCUGUUGCUGAAGGUGAUGACGUUGAAGCUGAAGCUGUUGCUGUUGAUGCUGGCGCUGAAAUUGUAGCUCUAUUUAUCUAGUAAAUAUAAAUAUGCCUAUUUGCCCAAGGUGGUCGUACUACUAACUCAAUCGUUCUAGUGAACCAUUGGAACUACUAACUCAAUCGCCGUACAACUAACUCAAUCGUUCUAGUGAACCAUUGGAACUCGCCGUUUCAUGCAUCGUAUUUCACCCCUGUUUUAUGUCAACAACGUCUUCGGAGACGUCAUCGACCCUGAAGUUAAUGAGUUCCAUGUCUUCGGCGUUCUUAGCGUCCAUUCUACCACAUUGGAUGGUAGAUCCCAACCUACUUAACCUAACCUAACCAUUCUACUCCAUUUUGUACCACCUGCGCUCCCUCUUCAGGUACGGUCCAACCGGCCAUCCGGGAUGUUGGGACGGAUACGUGACGUACGAGAAAUGUUGCGCCCUCUAUCGAACUACGGACACAACCAGCAGACAUGGCGCCCAUGCCAAGAAAGCAUUGCCGCACGGUGGAAGAUGAAGCUGAGGUCGCUGCUUUUUGUGGUGAUUUUUUGAUCUACAUUUAGAUCGAUCAUUAUGCUUGUUGUAACCCAACAGGCUGUCCUCUGGAAAUUUGUUUCCUGUUUUUCAUAUGAUUCCAUUUUUUUUUCAUGUAAUGAAAAUGUGCUGCAGUAGGAAAAGCAUGCAUUUCUCUCUCGAAACCUGCUAUCAUCGGUCUGUUCUUUCAGUACAUAGAUUCUGAUAAGCCGAAGCAUUUUAAUUUAAACGACCAAGAUAUUCAAAAUACGCUUUCUUCAUCACAGAUAUUGCAACUAGCAUGAACUACUUUUCUGAACAAAUAGAUACAAUAAACUAACUUCUGACACAGACACUACGUACAUCAACAAAAACACAAAAUCAAAAAAAAAACUUUUUUGUGGAGGGGUUAACUAAGAUUUACCCUCUCCUCAUUUUGAGCUUUCUGUGGAGAUUUUGUGCAUAAAAAUGGCUACUAGCGUAGCAUCCCUAUUGCUUUCCUCGACCUAGUGGUCUCCUGCUCCCUACACCCAUUUUUCAACGUGAUGUUUCACGACUUUUCAUGAUCCAUCAAGAAACGGAUGGGCACGUGAAGGUUCGAGGACAAUAUAUUAUGUUGUCUUGUAAUUCCAUCAAGGAGAAUCAUCAUGUUGAAUUCAAGUAGUACGUUGCUUCGCGCUCACGAACCACGACGAGCUACACGGAAU